GUCGAGCUCGAUGAACCGGAGGAAAGCUGCGGCGAAAGGCGACCUGGCGAAGCUGAUAUGGUGCUUCAUCGGCGUGGUGGGCACGCUCAUCAUCUACGGCAUUGGCCAGGAGCGGAUAAUGAAGUUUCCGUACGGUGACAGGGACGAGGACUCAGAGUACUUCCAGCAUUCACUCUUCAUCGUGCUCUGUAACCGCCUCAUGACGUGCGCUGUCGCAGUCAUCGUGCACCUGGUGACAGGAGCGUCGCUGGCUCUAGUGGCUCCAAUUUACGCCUAUGGUGCUGUGUCCCUCUCCAAUGUCAUCUCGUCCGGGUGCCAAUACGAGGCCCUCAAGUACGUGAGCUUCCCUCUGCAGACCAUCGCCAAGUCAUCCCGCAUGGUGCCUGUGCUGAUCUGGGGCACGAUCAUAUCGCGCAAGCAGUACAAGCCCAGGGAGUACAUCAUCGCCAUCACCAUCAUCCUCGGCUCCUGCCUCUUCUUCCUCAACGUGACUGCGCGCACGAGUGUCAAGAGCACGUUCUCUGGCCUCAUGCUCAUGCUCGGAUACCUAGGCUUUGACGGGUUCACCAACACGUUUCAGGACAAGCUGUUUGAGGGCUAUGACAUGCCGGCCGCCAACCAGGUGCUCUACAUCACACUCUGCUCCUCCGUCAUCAGCUUGCUGGGCCUGCGCCAGGACCUAUCAGCAGCCAUUGCAUUCAUCAUGCGCCAUCCCGACUGUGCCCUCCACAUUGCAGUGCUCUCUGUGGCGGCCACCAUAAGCCAGUUCUUCAUCUCCUACACCAUUAAGACCUUUGGUGCUCUCACCUUCGCCACCAUCAUGACCACCCGCCAGCUUCUCAGUAUCGUGCUAUCAUCUACCGUCUAUGGUCCGCCUCUCUCCUCCACACAGCAAGUCGGCACAGCGUUCGUCUCCCCCAACUCCGUCGUCCCUGGCCGUUUUAAGCUUACAGCAUUUUCCAUCAACCGAGUUUCACCGCUUUCCCCAGAGGCUACCUCGCCUGGCUUCCCUUUCCACCAGAACCCCCGGCUUUUGUCGUCCUCGUGCGCUCUGCCCUCAGCCACUGCUCUUUGUUCCCACCACCGCACUCCCUACUGCACCACCGCACUCCCUACUGCACCACCGCACUCCCUACUGCACCACCGCACUCCCUACUGCACCACCGCACUCCCUACUGCACCACCGCACUCCCUACUGCACCACCGCACUCCCUACUGCACCACCGCACUCCCUACUGCACCACCGCACUCCCUACUGCACCACCGCACUCCCUACUGCACCACCGCACUCCCUACUGCACCACCGCACUCCCUACUGCACCACCGCACUCCCUACUGCACCACCGCACUCCCUACUGCACCACCGCACUCCCUACUGCACCACCGCACUCCCUACUUCACCACCGCACUCCCUACUGCACCACCGCACUCCCUACUGCACCACCGCACUCCCUACUGCACCACCGCACUCCCUACUGCACCACCGCACUCCCUACUGCACCACCGCACUCCCUACUGCACCACCGCACUCCCUACUGCACCACCGCACUCCCUACUGCACCACCGCACUCCCUACUGCACCACCGCACUCCCUACUGCACCACCGCACUCCCUACUGCACCACCGCACUCCCUACUGCACCACCGCACUCCCUUACUGCACCACCGCACUCCCUACUGCACCACCGCACUCCCUACUGCACCACCGCACUCCCUACUGCACCACCGCACUCCCUACUGCACCACCGCACUCCCUACUGCACCACCGCACUCCCUACUGCACCACCGCACUCCCUACUGCACCACCGCACUCCCUACUGCACCACCGCACUCCCUACUGCACCACCGCACUCCCUACUGCACCACCGCACUCCCUACUGCACCACCGCACUCCCUAUUGCACCACCUCUCACCAGAUGGCGGUCUUUCAGUGA